AUGGCCACGGCUCUGAAAGCUGCCCAAGGCAGCCCUCGCCCUCGAGCGGCAACAACAAUCAUGCCCGCUAUUGGAUCGCCUUCGCAACUUGCGCGAAAGAAAUCUAGCUCGUCUCGGAGCCAGCGAAGCCCGGUACUACACCAGAGCGAUCCGAUCCCGGAGUCACUGAGUGUCGAUAUUAUGAGCACUGUGCAGGGCCCGCUCCGACAUCCUCAACCCAUGUCGCCCUCGGAUCUUCAUUUGGCUUUGGAGAAGGAGCAAGAGGCGAUGGUAAGUUUCAAGAUGAACCAUCUGCGUCUGCUUUCCUUCCCUUCUGUCUACUCACAUCCUCUCUCUUUCUCUCUCCCUCUAGGUAAAUCGACUGACUCGAGAGCUGUCUGUUCUGCGCCAGCAGACAGCGUCAGUCGCAUCAACUGCCUCCUCCUCUUCAACCAUGAACGAUCCAUCCGACACAUUCCAAACCUCCCCCUUGCUCGGCAGCUUCGCCCACUUUCACACACCUCCCGACGCCAGCGGUCAUGCUCGAGUCUGAGUGCUCAUACCGCGGCCCAAAGCUCACAGUCGGGCAGUAUCACGGGCAUUGCGCCAUCUCGGGAAUCCAGCAUGUCGCAUUCCCGAGUGAUGCGAAGUCGAGAACCCUCUCUGACCUCCCGCCGCCCGUCCAUUGGGUCCAUCACCUCCUACCCGUCGCAGGCUAUAGUGACCCGUCGGCCAAUUCAGGCAAGCCAUUUAUGUACCGUCAUCGCAGCGCAGGCUCGCAAACACAGUUGGUGGAUGCUGCCUCAUACAAAUCAGAGCUCGAACAUGUCAAGCGGGGGAACGAGCAGCUACGCCGGCGGGUUCGGGAGUUGGAGAAUGUGA